AUGCCGCCGCUGCUGCGGGCAAGCGCCGCCGGAAGGCGGCGUUGGAAGAAGGCGGCCGCGGCCGCAAUGGCGGCUGCCGCCGCGGGCGAGCCGCCCGCCGACUGGUGGGACGCCUUCUGCAUGCGGAUGUCAGGAACCUUAUCUUAUAUCGAGGAUGCACUGAGAUUCGAGUCUGUGUUCAAAAUGCCAAGAAGAGCUUUUGACUAUGUCUGCAACUUGGUGAAAGAUGAAAUGAUGGUGAGGUCCAGCAGCUAUACCUUUCUUGAUGGCACAAUGCUGUGUUUGGAAGAUCGAGUGGCCAUUGCUCUGCGGAGCUGA